GCCCGGUACCUGGUGUUCUUUCAGUACUUUGGCACCAGGUACAGUGGGGUGAUGGAGACCAAGAGUGACCAGGCCCUGGUUGGAGUCCAGAAUUAUUUGGAGAAGGCAGCAGAGAAGCUGAGGCCCAGCUCUCCCAUCAAAUUCCACAUUUCCAGCCGCACCGACGCCGGCGUCCACGCUUUGGCCAACGCUGCCCACCUGGACGUCCUCAGGGCUCCUGGCAAGGCCCCUUUCACUGGCCACCAACUUGCCCAAGGGCUCAACCACCACCUCAAGCCUGAGCCCAUCUCCAUCCUCAGUGCCCAGCGAGUUUCCAGCACCUUCCACGCCCGUUUCAGUGCCCUCUCCAGGACCUACAUCUACCGCCUGCUGCUGGGCUGUGCCCACCGGUCCCAAAUCCCCGUCUUCGAGCGGGAUCUGUGCUGGGCUCUGCCAGGAGGCCCCCUGGACGUCCCAGCCAUGAGGGAAGCAGCGCAGUUCCUGCUGGGCACCCACGACUUCAGCACGUUCCGCUCGCGGCGCGGCGACGGCGCCGCUCAGAACCCGCUCAGGACCCUGCUGCAGCUGCAGGUCCAGCCCGCCCCUGCCUUCCUGGCCCAGCACUACCUGCACAGGGAGCUGCAGCUGUGGGAGGUGCAGGUGCAGAGCCGAGCGUUCCUCUAUGGCCAGGUGCGCAGGAUGGUCGGGGCCCUGGUGGCCGUGGGCCGGGGCAGGCUGAGCCCUGGGCACGUCCGGGAGCUGCUGGAGCUGAAGGAUUCCCGAGCUUUCCCCCCCAGUGCCAUGGCCCCGGCCUCGGGGCUCUUCCUCAAAUCCGUGGAGUACAGUCAGGAAGAUCUGGCCAUCCCGAGUGUCCCAGCAGAAGAGGAGCUCCGUGGGCUCAGCUGA